AUGGAAUGUAAAAAAUGUAUUAUAUUGUUGGGACUUGUUCUAAGUUUAAAUUAUGUUUAUGGCCAAUACAGGAUGAAAAACGUGAGCGUUUAAUUACAUUAUUGCAACUGUCAUACGUGUCAAAGUGUCAAAUUAAUCGUUCAAUUUUUUAUACUCAAUCCAGGAAUUAAUAAUAAAACAAUUAUGAUAAUAACAAUAUAUUUUUAAAUUAUUUGUGCAUUUCAACACAUCUUACAUGUUGUGUAACCUUUUGAUACAACGAAAAUUUACUUAACCUUCAAUCACUCAAAAUUGACCUAAAUUUCAAUUUUCUUGUGUCUAUUGUAAGCGAAAUACUGUGUUUCAGACUCCUGGUUCGUCGUUGUCAGAUCGAGUGCAGCAAUUAUCAGAACUAGCUCUCACAAGACCUGUGAUUAAGUUCAACGGGGCAAAAUUUAAAGAAUAUGUCAAAACUACACCGAGAAAUUAUUCUGUUGUUGUAAUGUUCACUGCUAUGGCACCUCAAAGACAGUGUCAAAUAUGCAGGCAUGCAAAUGAUGAAUUUGUGAUAGUGGCAAAUUCAUUUAGAUAUUUACAAUCUCACUCAAAGAAAUUGUUUUUCGCAUCUGUGGAUUUCGAUGAAGGAUCAGAUGUAUUCCACAUGAUGAGAUUGAAUACCGCACCAGUAUAUAUGCAUUUUCCACCAAAAGGCAAACCAAAAUCUGCAGAUACCAUGGAUAUUCAAAGAAUAGGAUUUGGAGCAGAAGCAAUUGCAAAGUGGAUAUCUGAACGUACUGAUAUUCAGAUUAGAAUAUUUAGACCACCAAACUAUUCUGGCACGGUUGCAAUAAUAAUGUUGCUGAUACUUAUUGGAGGAUUUUUGUACUUGAGGCGCAAUAAUUUAGAUUUCAUUUAUAACAAAACAAUUUGGGGUCUUGGUGCAUUGUUCUUUACACUUACAAUGAUAUCUGGACAAAUGUGGAAUCAUAUUAGAGGUCCACCAUUCAUACACAGAUCACCUAGUGGGAAUGUGGCUUAUAUACAUGCUUCUUCUCAAGGGCAAUUCAUUUUAGAAACAUACAUUGUUAUGAUUCUAAAUGGAGCAGUGGUGUUAGGUAUGAUUUUAAUGACCGAAGCCGCUUCGCGUAAAGGUGAUGUAAAAAAACGGCGAAUAUUCGCAGCAAUAGGCGCUGGAUUAGUCGCUAUCUUCUUUAGUUUACUGUUAUCGAUAUUUAGGAACAAAGUACAAGGCUAUCCAUACAGGUAUGGCAAAGCUUUUUUUUUUAAAGAUUAUUAAUUAAUAAAUUAUUUUCAUGUUAGAGUAUGUUAA